CAGAGGAGUUUACUAUGUAAUUUUUUUCACAUUGAUCCUAAUCCAUUUAUCCCCUCGUCUUUCAGUAUGAAGGCUAGGCUCAUGUGAGGAAGGAGCUAUGCCUGCAAUGUGGGAGCUGCGCUUGCAGAUCAAUAGGGCAUGAUUGAUUGCUCUAUUAUAGCCUUAUACAGCGCAACAUCAAAACUUGGUUCCCGUAACUACUGCUGGAGUUUAAAAGCCACCUGUAAACUUCAGUAGAGACUAGUCAAUGUCCAUAACAAUAUUGAGCUGCUGCAAUUCCAUCAGUGGCAUGCUGCCAGCAGCUCCACUCUGUCUGAGUGAACCAAAUGAGCAUUCCACCGAACCCAUUUUAAGGUGGAUAGCUUCACUACACAUUCGCAAGACCUAUAGCUUUAAACUUGAAAGAAAAAUAUAAUAUAAAAAUAGACACAAAACUGACCUGUCAGUUUCCACCAAGGAGAAACGUUCCUUGUUUUCAUUCUCAGAUGCAAACUCAAAGAAGGUAGCCUGGAAGGUUGGGUAUAAAAUGGCUGAGCAUGGUUAAAUGGUGCAAGGACAUUCAGCAGAGCAGAGAGAUGCUCAUAAAGGCCCUUGAUGAACAUUGCUUAAAAUAUCAGGCUCUACAAGCAUCUAUUUUGUUUUCAUCCCAAGUUCUUGGAUUACUUAACAAGCUGUUUAACAGACGUUAGUGAAGGAGGGGAUGUUUUAAGCAAAGGCAAGCUAAACUUCAAAUGGGCAAAACCGUGAAAGAAGUCAGAAACGUGCAGUCAGGGAGAUUGAUCGGGGUGACCACGUGUCUGGCAGCAGGUAUCACCCACCUACCUGCAGCCACCUCAGGGAAGGAUGGACAGCUCACUGAUACCAGCUACACCAGCAGAGGGAUUUGCUUGAUGUGCUUAAGGGAUCGGUGACAAUUGCUCCUAACGCCGCUGCGUUGUGAGGUGACAGGGUUGUCCUGGAGACUCUGAAUCUGUACGGCCCCGGCCAGGAUCCUGACAGGUCACCUCUCUUCCGAGGAUGUCGAGCCUCCUCUCUGUACAGGGGAAAAGAUGGGAAGAUAAGCAUGGGCUGUAGACAAAUGGCCUUCUGCACGAUGUGAGGAUUUCAUGCAGCAGCAAGACAUGUCUGAAAGUUCCUCAGGUCUGACUACAAGCAACCAGAAAUUCUGUAAGUCCUAUUCAACCUGCUGCUCCAUCCUGAGUGAUACAGAUAUUAUUCCACCAGUUUUAUCACCAAGCAGAGGAUUCAUCAGACAGAACUGGGACUCAGGGCUGCCUUCCCCACUUCCUUCUGAUUCCUUCAAGUAUCUCAGCUGGCAUGACAUAGAGGAACAUGAUGUUCAAGGAAAUCAGCUUCACUGUCCCCGAGUGAGAAAAGGGCCUUCAGAAGAAGAGCUGUUUUUCAGAGGAGAAGAACAUACUUUGAAAAAAAGAAAACUAGUAACUGACACAGAGAAGUGGCAAAAGAAGCUUCAAGAGAACUGGGAAAACUGUGCUGAGCUGAACCUCUCAUUCCAGGACCUGGGUGAUCUUUACCAGGUGGAAAACUUCAGAAGAAUUCUCCAAAGAUUAAUUCGUGUGGAAAAACUGUGGUUGGUGGACAAUUCUUUGACAGACCUAAGUGCCAUACGGUUGCCAAGAUGCAGAGAACUAAAUGUCAGUAAAAACUACUUUACAUCCUUCAAACAGCUGCCAAAAAUACCUCAGAUUCAGCACUUAUCACUGGCUGAAAAUAACAUUAUGACACUAAGUGGAAUAUCAGACUUGAGACACACUCCACUCGAAUCCCUUAUACUCAAGAGGAAUCCCUGUGAGUUUCAAGAAGGCUACAGGCAACAUGUAUUCUUCAGUUUGCCAAAUCUGAAAAUACUGGAUGGUGUCCCAAAACUACCAGAGGACUUUUCACCCCCAGAUACCAGUUUUUUCCCCAAAAUGUGUACUGUGCUGUAGCACUGUGUUCUUAUAUAAUCACAACUGCGCUCGAAUCACCUUAUUUAAAGAAUCAAUAAAUCCUGCACAUGGAAGUUAAUAUUUUUUUUCUGAUCAAAGAGGCAUUGAAUCAGAAAUAAAAUUCUUCUGAAUGUGUUCGUGAUACCACAGACAUCAAGUAAGUAUGGAUAAAUGACAUAAAUAAGACAUAACGUGUAUGCUGAGUGUCAUGAAUUUAGUGUAUUAAAAAUAUUGGGUGACUUGCUGGUCUAAGAACUCUGUGUAAAAAAAAAAAAAAUAUUGACUCCCAUUGUGUUCACCAAAAGCACGUCCAACUCCAGACCACAUGUCCAAUGCAGGAAAUGUUACAGGGAUUAACAUCCAGGCUGCAAAGGGAAAAAAUGAAUAGAAGAACAGGCUGUGCACUUUCCUUCUUUAUGUCCCACUGAUGUCCUUAGUGCUUUUUAGUGGGCUUUGUAGGUGGGAAAGCCAGAGCCACCCCAAUCAUUUUGGCACUUAGAAAAUCAAAAAUAAUGCAAAAAGUAUUUGUUUAGGAGCACCAUUGCAUUUGGUAUGUCUAGAAAACAGUGACAAAGUAAAUCACAAAAGAGGAAAGAAGUCUUUCAGCUGGUGGCUGGUGUUGUUUAGGAAUGUCUUGCUGCUUAGUAAAGGUUCCUCAAACCAAAGCUACAAUGAGGGAAAAGAGCUGUGGAAGCAAGAAAGGGAUUUAUCAGGGCUCCCCGGGAUAUCUGAGUGCAAUUGUCUUUGAGAGGUGUCCGUCCUUGUCUUUGAUUCACUUUCUGUUCAAUUUUAGCUUUUCUUCCAGGCAGCUCAUGCUGGUACACAAAUAGCUAUGCCACUAAUGGUUCGGGAAGACAAUGAUAGAGUCCUGGAAAAUGAAGACAAUUAACAGAAUUGCCUAAUUCCAGAGACAGACAAUAAAUUCUCUGCUGUGUAUUGGCUACAGGCGCGGUUUGGUUCAGUUACGGAGAGAGGAAUAAUGAGUGCCCAGCCCUGUGUGCUCUGCAGUGCAAUGGCUCGGCCACAGAAAGGCUGCAGCAGCUCGGGCUGUGUUGGAUCAGAACAAGGGAAAUGACCAGCUCGGGAAGUUAAGGCCCUCCCUUACGAGUAUCCUUACCUCUCCCACAGCUUAGCAGUCAAAACAGUUGGUCAAGAUCAAAAUAUUGCAUGAGCUAGAUCCCAUGAUUUGAAUGCGUAACAGCACCUAGCUCAAAAUAUUUUGUAAUGCUGUGAAAGGAAAAGUGUCAGGCUGAGGGCUCGUACACAGGAAAUAUCAAGAUGAUACAGUCCAACAAGCUCUUACAGAUUCAGGGAAGAGAUGUGGUUUACACAGGGACAAGAACUUCGAGAUAGACAAAGCAAAACCGCGUGUGCUGGGCAGCAUGGCAAACUGGUCCAGAGAGCAGCUGUCUUUCACGCAGGGAGGAAAAGAGCAGAAAACCUGAAAACCUUCUGAGGAAUGAGGCCCGUAUUCUACCUCGAGUCCAGAGAUUUAUUCAGAACUAGUAUAAUACAGUAAUCAACAUAAAACCCCAACUGUUGCAUUUGGGAAUGGAAAGCGUGAAAACAAAGGAUGGAAUAUAUUCUUCAUGACUGAGGGCAUAUGUGAGAAAACACCGUCUCCUCUGAAGUAAGGCCAGGAGCAAAGGCUGAGAGGAGAUGGGGUGGGAAGGAAAACCCCUGCUGGCCCGGGUGGAGACAGACAGGAGCAAGCAGCUCAACACCGCCUGCUGUGAGGCUGCUGCAUUGAGAGAUGGGAAAGGGGAACAAGCUUUUCCAAAGAAACUGGUUGAUUGUCUCCUGGGAACACCCUCGGAGGCUUUCCUCUCUUGACCCGAAACUUGGGUCAGUCGCAAGACAGAGGAACAGACGCUGGUUUAUUCUUUCCUGAUGGGGAGCUGGUUCCACUGUCGGUUUUCCUUUCAGUAUUUUAGUGCUCUGGCUUGGAAUCCCAGAUGAAUCUAGGUACCAUCUGGGGAGCCGCGCUGAUCUUGUUUAAAGUGCAUCCAGGAGCAAAAAUGUACCGGUAAUGUUUGAGUCACUUUGCUGCAAUGAGAUUUAAAUGAGAUGUUCACUGUCAGCACUGUCACAAGGGAAACCGGGAAGAAAGAGCAAUCAGGUUCCAGCUGUUUGGCUGGACAACAGCCACGAGACAGGGGAAGCACCCUGGACACAUUUCAACAUCACCAGGCAGCUGGAAACCCCAGCAGCAGGAACCUUUAGAAACAAGCCAAACCAGGGAUAAAUUAACACACAUUUUAGGCUCUAAAUUUGAUUAUUGCUGUCUUUCCUUUCCUGCUAAACUUACACUCAGCUUGACUGUGACAUUUGUUAGGGGGGAAAUUCCAAGCUUGCCCCAUUUCAGUGUUCCAGGCCUGGCACCACUGAGAGCAGAUCCCUUGCACUUGAUGAGGGCUCAGAAAAGAUGAAGGAAUCACUGCAGCUGCUAUGAGGUUAAGAGAUUGUUUUGUUCUCAUUUCAAAAGAUGGGCUUUUGGCCCAAGACUGUGUUGCAGUCAUGAGAAACACCUGUCCAAGCCCAAGAAAAGAUGGGCCCAAAGCAAAUUACUCUUGAGCUUUAUUCCUUUGUUUUCUGCAGUUACGUUAUGGAGCGGUCUAAUCAAAACCCAAUCUAAGAUUUCAAGAAAACCUGGAAGGAGUGGAAUGAAAGUAGAGCCUUUAUUUGGCUGGAGGUUUUGAGAUUUUAUUUACAGUGAUUGCACUCUGAAAUCUAGAAUAAUAACAACCACCUGUGAGCUUGGUAUCAAAGCCUCCCAAAAUGAACUGUGUAUUUCUGAUUAAUUACAAAGAUACCUUCAGACCUGAUAUUUCAUGAAACUUUACCAGAACAUUCCCAAAAUCUUGCCUAACAUCAUGAGACAGGUCUGGGUUUGACAGAGAUCAGAAGUGAGUUCCCAAGUCUCAUUAUAACUGUCUAUCUGUCAUUAUGUCUCAGUCUUUCAGUAUGAAAUAAGGAGUAAGCAAUAUCAAAUCAAAGACAGAUUCCUGAAAGAAAAUGAGAAAAAACAACACUUGUCAUUUAGUCUAUUUACUAUCAUCCCAGGAAUUCCAGAGCAGGAUU